AUGGUGGAGACUGCCCAGCAAGAGCAGGAGGGUGAAGAAGAAGAGAUGGAGACUGAGGACUUACCUACUGUGAAGUCGAUGGCCAGCAACUUCUUCGACGACCUUCCCGUCGGCGCGAAGCUCAUGGACACGCAGGUGCCUCCGAACGUGUCGCCGCCCAAGUCCAAGACCAAGGAUGGCUACUCCUUCUUCACGUACGCCGCCCGCCGCCGCAAUGAGGACUCAGCGGGGCGACUGAAGGCGCAGCACAAGCGCCAGAUCGGCACCUGCGCCCUCGAGUCAACGUGGCAACGCGCGUCCGAGCAGAACGAGGGAUCGCACGAUCAUAAGGUGUCGUCUGGGACGGUGGAGACCUUUGAGCAGGCCUGGAAGCGCACGUCCUCCGAUGUCGCCGAGGAUCAAGCUAAGGCCCAUGGCGCCAAGCAGAGCGUGUUGCCCGACCAGCCCCCGGCUCAAGAGCUGCCUUGA